CCCUCUGGUUAACCAAAGCCUGUCGCUCCCUUUUCUCUGUCCGUUUCUCUCGAUACUCGAGACUGUGUACGAUUGUUCUGCCGCUGCAGCCAGCACAGCGAUGUAUUGAUGGAAGAUAAUCGAUUCCAGUCGCCUUUCAGACGAGAGAUCUGAUGAAGUGUCGAGAGCUUUCGUCGGAAAUGGCUUCUUCAGAGGUGUCGUUCGCCAGAGGCGAGAGCUUCUCUCCGUCCUUCCGUGAAGCCAACGAUUGCGCGGGGGUUUCCGUGGACGCUUCCGAGGAGCAGAGGGGCUACUCGACAGUUUCCGGCGGCGGAAUAGUGGAUCCCGAGAAGGCGCUUUAUACAGAGCUUUGGCGCGCUUGUGCUGGUCCGCUAGUGACGGUGCCUAGACAAGAUGAGCGCGUCUUCUAUUUUCCGCAGGGACAUAUCGAACAGGUGGAGGCAUCCACGAGCCAGAUGGCAGACCAAGAGAUGCCUGUUUAUGAUCUUCCAUGGAAGAUCCUUUGCCGAGUGGUGAACGUCCAGUUGAAGGCUGAACCGGAGACUGAUGAAGUGUUUGCACAAGUGUCUCUGCUUCCUCUGAAAGAAGAUGAGAAUGAGGUGGAGAAGGAACCGAUGCCGCCUCCACCCCCACGAUUUCACGUGCAAUCCUUUUGCAAGGCCUUGACUGCUUCAGACACCAGUACUCAUGGCGGAUUUUCGGUGCUGAGGCGCCAUGCUGAUGAAUGCCUUCCCCCCCUAGAUAUGUCCCGGCAACCUCCAACUCAAGAGUUGAGUGCAAAAGAUUUACUUGGAAAUGAAUGGCGCUUCAGGCAUAUCUUCAGGGGACAACCACGGAGGCAUCUGCUUCAAAGUGGCUGGAGUGUGUUUGUGAGUUCUAAAAGGCUUGUGGCUGGUGAUGCUUUUAUAUUUCUAAGAGGUGAGAAUGGGGAACUUCGUGUUGGAGUGAGACGUGCAAUGCGACAUCAGGGUAAUGUUCCAUCAUCUGUCAUAUCCAGCCACAGCAUGCACCUUGGUGUCCUUGCAACCGCUUGGCAUGCAUACACCACUGGAACAAUGUUCACAGUCUAUUACAAGCCGAGGACAAGCCCUGCUGAUUUCAUUAUUCCAUAUGGUCAAUACAUGGAAUCAAUCAAGAGCAAUUAUUCCAUAGGAAUGAGGUUCAAAAUGAGAUUUGAAGGUGAAGAAUCUCCGGAACAGAGGUUUGCUGGGACUAUUGUUGGCAUUGAAGAUGCUGAUUCCAAACGGUGGCCUGGAUCUAAAUGGAGAUGCCUCAAGGUACGGUGGGAUGAAACUUCUACCAUUCUUCGUCCAGAUAGAGUCUCUCCCUGGAACACGGAACCGGCCUUGACUCCACCACCGCUCAAUCCUCUGCCAAUGUCCAGGUCAAAAAGGACUCGAUCAAAUAUGGUUCUUCCGUCCCCUGACUCCUCUGUUCUUACAAGGGAAGUUUCAACAAAGGUUGUAAUAGACCAAUUGCCAGCAAAUGGGUUUUCAAAAGCUGUGCAAGGUCAAGAACCAUUGACGUUGGGAGGUACCUUUUCAGAGACCGAAUCUGAUUCUACUGAAAAGACAGUUAUGCGGGUUCCAGCAUUGGAUGAUGAAAAAUAUGAUGUGGCCUCUAUUUCGGAAAAAUUUGCACCUGACAAGCAGUUGCCAGUAGUGAGGCCGGAAUUAUCCUUCACAGAUUUAUUAUCAGGUUUUGGGAAGGCCCAGCCUAACACAUCCCAUGAGAGUGGCAUUCGAGCUCCUUGUGGUGAUAAAUCAAUGAAGCAAAGUUUACCAAAUCAUAGGGGCAAGUUCAGUUCUAUUCCAAGCAAAAGAUCUGCAAUUGAUGCAGAUCUUUCGCUCAACUUGUUAGAUUCUGUCCAAGGCAGUGAUGUGCCUUAUGAGAUACGAGGUGGCAGAUGUGGUUAUAGUGAGUAUUUCUUGCUCCAAGGGCAAAGGGCCGAGCAACGCCAAGGAAAUUGGUUGAUGCCUCCACCACUCUCAACUUAUCUUCAGAUGCCUGUUCAGUCAAGAGAGCUGAUACCACGACCUGAACUGGUAGCACAACAUGAACCUGUGAAAGCGAAAGAUGGGAACUGCAAGCUCUUUGGUAUAGCACUGGUAACUAAUGCUGUUUCUGUGGAUCCAGGCCCACCACCAUCACAUAAUACGGGCUGUGCAGUAGGUCAUGUAAAAGUAGUGCCAUACACGAAGCAGUCCCAAGCCUUGGAAUCUGAUGAGAGCUCUGAACAAAUGGAGGGUGCCAAAGUGUCCAAUCAUUCAAUUCCAAGUAGGGAGCAGGAAAAACCGUCCCACUUGUGUUCACCACAUAUCAGGGAUUGCCUGGGGAAAGUCCAGGGUGGUUCAAUUAGAAGUUGUACCAAGGUUUAUGUUCAUAAGCAAGGGAUUGCCCUUGGUAGGUCCGUGGACCUCACCAAGUUCAAUAACUACGAGGAAUUGAUUGCUGAACUGGAUGAGCUAUUUGAAUUUAACGGUGAACUGAAGGCACAGAACAAGAACUGGUUGAUCGUUUAUACUGAUGAUGAGGGUGACAUGAUGCUCGUUGGAGAUGAUCCGUGGCCGGAAUUCUGUGUCAUGGUUCGCAAGAUCUUCAUCUAUACAAAGGAAGAGGUCCAGCGUAUGAACCCUGGUACCCUGAGUUCAAAGAGUGAGGAAAGAUCGUUGAUUGGAGAAGGCAUGGAUAAAAUAAGCGAAGAAUCUGCUGCAGCCAUUGGUGCCAUGUCAAUGGAAGGUUAAGUGCAUACAGAAUUCACCCCCGAGAAUUGUAUGUUUGCUCUUUUUAUUGGGGAAAGGUUUAUGCAGUGGCUUCAGCAUUGGCAGCAGCUAUCUCGUGCUAAUAUAAAUAUAAAGGUUCAAGUGCAAUUUUGGACAUAUGUUUUUUUGAGGCAUUGUUGUAUGUUACUUCAUAUUAUGGUGAAAUAGGGUAAGUAUGCUCAUAUUCCCAGUCUCAGCCGUGACGGCUUGCGAUCAACCGAUAGAUCGGUUUCCCGCCUUUUGUACAUUGCUGCAACUUCUGUAUGAUGUAAGUAAAGAAAGUUCUUAUAUAUUUGAUGGGUCUCUGUCUUGUGUUUAA